AAUAUAUUGUUUUUCUCUUUUUAUUUAGGAAUGAUAUGCUCUCCUCCAAGAAUUCCCAAUGGGAACUUUAGGCCUCAAGAAGUCUCAUACAUGGAAGGAGCCACAAUCACCAUAUACUGUAAUUCUGGAUAUCAUUUUAAAGUAGUAUCUGGGCAAAACACAGCUCAAUGCACUAAGGCUGGCUGGGUACCUUCUCCAGAAUGUGUUAAUGUGACAUGUGAACCCCCUCCAGAAAUUGCUGGUGGUAAAGUUCAAGGUGUUAGAAAGUCCAAGUACAUGCCUGGGGAGAGAGCUCGGUAUCAGUGCUGGCAGGGUUUUCACAUGACUGGCGAUUCCACUGUAGCCUGUGAGAACGGGACCUGGACGAAGAGGCCAAAAUGCACAGGGAAAAGUGAAAAAUGCGGCCCACCUCCAGUGAUUGAAAGUGGAGAUCUGCUUUCMUUCCCGCAGCAAGAGUACGCAUCAGGUGCAACUGUGGAGUACAAGUGCCCAAGUCUCUAUGUGUUGAAAGGAUCUCCCACUAUUACAUGUGUUGGGGGGCAGUGGACAACCCCCCCUGUUUGCUUAGUGGCGUGUACGGCAUCUGAAGAGGACAUGGACAGAAACAACAUUGAGCUGAGAGAGACCACAAAGAAAAAGCUUUAUUUAAAGUCUGGUGAUUUUGCUGAGUUUAAAUGUAAAGUUGGAUAUAAGCAGGACCCAGCAUCCUCUCCAUUCCGAGUACAGUGUGUGGAGGGGACGCUAGUCUAUCCCCACUGCAAGCCGGGAAGGACGUGUACAGUGCAUGAGAGUGAUAUGGAAAAAAACAAUAUUCAGUUAAAAUCAAGCCUGUCACAUCAUUCCACCUUUCUCUAUGGGGAAUAUAUUUAUUUUGAAUGUAGACGGUGGUGGCAUGCAAAAUCUUCAAGAGCUGAGGAAUUUAAAGUUCAGUGCUUGGAUGGAGUUUUCAAGUACCCUAGAUGCCACAGUAAGUAAAUAUAUUUGGAUAAAUGAAGUGACAUGAAAAAAACUGGCUUCAGAAGGGACAAAUGCCUCCACCAACCYAGUUAUUAGGCUUUAGUCUUACACAGGAGAUUCUAUUUUGCUGUGCUUUGCGAUGAGCGUAGGCAAUGGUCUGCAUCAGCAUUCCUAGUAUUUUCCUCUUUUUAGUAUUGGUUGAUUGCCUUUCCAUUUCCUUUAUAAACAUUUUGAGGCUGACACAUGGCCCACAUUUUCAGGGAUGUGGAACUUUCUAGAGAGAGUCUAGCGCUGAGUGACAAGGAUAAUUAAGGAGGAUCUGUCUUUACGAGGAAAGACUAAGCGAGCCUGGCCU